UUUGUCAAAAGAAAGAAAAAAAAUAUUAAUAUUCUAAUUUGCUUUAGACUCGGGGGAGUCCGCCGAAUCCUUUGUUUCUUCUUCUUCUUCUUCUUCCCCUCUUCUUUUGAAGCCGCCGGCUCAGUAGCUCUCCAAUGGAGGGAACCAACAAAACCGCCAAAAGAAAGCUGGUCAAGAAAUCUGAAAACAAGGUCGAUAAGAAACUCAAGAAAGAGCUUGAAGAUAACGUUCAGUCUCAACCAUUCGACGACGUCUCCGACUCCGAUUUCGACGAUCUCCCCAAACUCCUCGAACCCUUCUCCAAGACCCAAUUAAUUGAGCUCAUUUGCACCACCGCUCUCAAAGACCCAAAUCUUCAAGCCCAAAUUCGAGCUGCUGCAGACCGCGAUGUUACUCACCGCAAGAUAUUCGUCCAUGGCCUCGGUUGGGACACCACCCGAGAAACCCUAACUUCGGUUUUUGAAUCUUUUGGUGAAAUUGAAGAUUGCAAUGUGGUUAUGGACAGAAACACAGGGAAGGCUAAGGGAUAUGGGUUUGUUUUGUUCAAAUCCCGGCAAGGUGCGAUUAAGGCGUUGAAGGAACCUAGGAAGAAGAUCAAUAACCGUAUGACUUCGUGUCAAUUGGCUUCUGUGGGUUCAGUGCCGCCCCCGCAAAGCCAGGAGGUUGGGCCGCGGAAGAUUUAUGUGGCUAAUGUGCACCAUAAUGUCGAUGCUGAGAGGCUUAGGGCGUUCUUUGCGAAGUUUGGAGAGUUAGAGAUGGGUCCGAUUGGGUUCGAUCCCGAGACAGGGAAAUCGAGGGGUUAUGCCAUUUUUAUUUAUAGAACGAAUGAAGGUGCGAGGAAGGCUCUUGAGGAACCACACAAAGUGUUUGAAGGGAAUAAAUUGCACUGCCAGAGGGCGUCUGAGGGGAAGAACAAGAAUCAAAAUUCAACACAGGCCGCGCAAAGCUUAGGGCAGAAUCAGACGCCGGUUAUGGCAGCAAUGGCCGCAGCUCCAAAUUUGCAAUUGUUUGCUCAACAUCCGGGCCUUAAUCCGGUGUAUGGUGGAUAUGUGAGUCCAGCUUUGGGAGGUGGUAUGUUGAACCAGGGAGUAGUUCCCAUGAGUCAAGUGGGUCUGGUUGGUAGUUCAGUUGGGGCUGGGAUUGGCUUGAGUGGUUACAGUGGGGGGUCGUAUGGCUUAAGUCAAUUAAGUGCUGGUGGUUCGUCAUUGCUAGGCACUUAUGGGUCUGGUUCGUCAUCGUUGAAGGGGUUGCCGCACCUUUACUCGAGCACAAUGCUUGGUAAGACGGUUUCUGAAUCGGGUCAGGCGGCUGCUGGUGGGUCUCUCGGUGGAUACACGUCACACUUGUGGCCAGAUUAUUAGUUUGCGUUGUCUUAUUUCUUUUAGAUGCUUGGGAAUCCAUAUUUGCGUUUGAGGUGCUGCUGAACUUGUGGAUGAAUGAUCCUGUACUUUUGGGAAGUUUAUGUUAAGAGCUUCAUUUGGGCUAAUUUGGCUUUGAUACCUUUUCCAACAAACCCUUUUCGUUUCCUCUUACCGUGUUUCCUUUUCUUUUUCUUUUUUCCUUUUCUUUUUUUCCCUUCCUUUUCUUCUUUCCUCCCCUCUCGUUUUAGUUUUAUGUAGUAAGGACCUGCUGAUUGGCACCAGCCUUGUGUUUUAUACUUCACUUUUGUCAAUAUUAUCAUUUUUAAUCUUUUUAAA